AAUCUUUAUCAGUUCAUAUGUAUGAUGGUACUCUUGAAAAUCAGCAUAUGAGAUAUUUUAAUAAUACUAAGCUUAUUGAUUUUAUUCCUUCUAAUUUAAAAAAUACUGAUGAUUAUUUACAAAUAAUUAAUACUUUAAUAGAAUUUUCAAAUAUUAAAGGAUAUUUAAAUAAUAAUAUAAUAAUUACACCUAUAGAUUUUCCUGGUCAAUUAUAUAUUCGAAAACUUAUUGUAUAUAAAUAUUUUAAUCCAUCUUCUAAUAAUAUUCUAAAAGAAAUUAAUCAAUUUGUUUCUUUACUUGGACCUUUAUAUAUUUCAUUAAAUACUCGAAAAACAUGU